AUGAUGACGAAUUUCUACAGCAGUAGAUUUCUGUCUGCACCUCUUUCCAUUGAGGUUUACAGCAUAGGUCGUGUCGCUAGGAGCUGUUAUAGGCGAUCGACUUACCACACGAGCGGUGCUUCCACAAAUGCUACAAGUGAAAGAGAGACACCUAACAAAUUACAUUCAGAUUUACACAGUGCUUUAGAGAUGGUAGAUGAAAUAUACGACACAAAUUCUACAGCAGAGGAGGCAAGAAACAAGGACAAGGAAGGUCGACAGAAAUAUACGGAAGAAAUGGAUAAAGCGAUUAAUCUACUGAAAACAAAUAUAAAGAAGGAGUAUAGACAUAAUAGGUAUUUGAAACACACGGAGGAAAGAACAUAUCCUACUAGCAGGAUACCUCCCACCAGCAGAACAUAUCCCAAUAGUAGAACGUAUCCCAAUAACAGAACGUAUCCCAAUAACAGAACGUAUCCCAAUAACAGAACGUAUCCCAAUAACAGAACGUAUCCCAAUAACAGAACGUAUCCCAAUAACAGAACGUAUCCCAAUAACAGAACGUAUCCCACUAGCAGAACGUAUCCUACUAGCACUUCAUACACUUUCCGGAUCAAUGUCCAAAAGAUGAGACACGCAUUGGUACCUUACAAUCAAAGUGGGAUUGAAGGACACGACCAAAAGCCUCCUAGGAUUGGCCAUGGGUUGACCAGGGUGCUAUACCAACCUUUAUCGUUACAAAAACUGAGGGACAAUAGAAGUAGAAUGUAUAAUUUCGAUCCUGCUGUGGAGAAUAUUAAUCCGGAGUAUUUGGAGAGAAAAAGUGAAGAGGAUGUACGUACUGAUCAUUCUGAGAGUAGACAAUCCAAACCAAUUUUCAUCACACCCCAUAAAGAUGAAUCUCUAUUAAAAGUCGCCAAUUAUCAUAAAAAAAAGUAUAUAUCUUCAUCAAGCUCCAUGACCUCAAUACUUUCUCAGUUGCACUACCUUCUAUCCAAUUUUAGAAGGUUAAAUAUCAUUGAUUCUUCAAUCUCUAAAAACUUCCCUCAAAAAAACUGCAAUUAUUCGGAAAGUGCAUAUUUCCCGUCAGCAGUUAUUCUGAGAAAGAAGAAGAACGGUAUUUGUUCUAUUGAUUCAGAUAGAAGCCUAGAUAGAGAAAUAGUCUUAUCCGUACUAGGACAUUAUCUUGAAGACUUCCUAACGGAAAAGCCUCCGACUAGUUCGAAAACUGAAAACUAUCAUUAUUCUAGCAUAGACGAGUUCAUUGUGAGGUCUCAAUUAGAUGCAUAUGAUCCAAAUCUACCUGGAACCGGCGUCUUUGAUCUAAAAACAAGAGCUGUUUCUGCCAUUAGGUAUGACCUAUCGCAUGUAGAGAAUAACAACAAUCGAACCGGCUAUGAAAUAGAUAAGGUUUAUGGAGAAUUUGAAUCUUUAGAAAGAGAAUAUUUCGAAUUAAUAAGGUCUGCACUUUUAAAAUAUUCUUUACAAGCCAGAAUCGGCAAAAUGGAUGGUAUUUUUGUUGCAUACCACAAUAUCUCUAAAAUGUUUGGAUUCCAGUAUCUACCUUUAGAUGAGUUAGAUUACAUAAUCCACUCUUCAUAUAACAGCAGAUUUGAUAACUUGUUAGAGCAGAAGAACGAAAUCACAAAAGGAAUAUAUGGUGAGGAGGACUACAUUCUACACUAUAACCGGGACGACAGAAAGAUUGCUUGUUUAGUGGCUAAUAGAGAAUUUAAACUUUCUAUGAAACUUUUUAGUAAUAUUCUGAAACACGUUGAGCAGUUACUGAACUCGAACAACACGAAGUGGGAAAAAUGUAAAAUAAUGCUCAAAACUGAAGUUGAAGAAAAGCAGACUAAAAGUGGCCGCUUCUUCAACGAACCGGUGCUCAAUAUUGUAGCACUGCCGUUAUCUUCAGGAUAUGAAGAUAAAUCACUGCUGGUAAAGGACACUUCAAACGAACAAUUAGCUAAUGAACUAAGAGGUCUCCGCUCAUAUAAUGAAAAUAUUUUAGAAGAAAGCUUAAAUUCCUUGGUUGGCUUCAAAGUAAACGUUAAGCAUUUUUACCAUCAUCAUCCUAAUACUACACAUCUACCUGCUUUUGCUUCAAAGAAGAACGAUCUUCUAGACGCUGAAGCCCGUGAAUAUAUUUCUGGCAUGAUGAAGCGGGACUGGUACAAAGAUAUACCGUCUACACAGACUCCAAACUUUUUUCACGCAUCAGAUGUUUCAACUUGGGAGGUGAAUUCUACUUUCACCGAUAUCAUCGAUAAACGAACUUUAAGGAGUUUAUACUUAAAAUAUUUGGAUGUCAAAUUAAACGCAUUAAAAAACCAAGUUAUUACACGCCAGGAGCCCGAUAUAUCCAAAAAGGAUGAAAUAAUUAAUCGAAUCAAAUUACUUCAAGCCCGCAGGGAUCACCGUGAGAGUGGAAGUAACAAAAGACCAUCUAAUUUUGGCCCUACGCGACUACAAACAAAGCUGCGUGCAUAUGCCAAGAAGGGUGCCCUUCGAAGGAAGCUACUGGAAAGGAGUAACAACCUCCAUAUUAAAAAAUAA